UUUUUAAAAUUCUAUAACACUCGUUUGCUCGCCAUUCGCGUAUUAUCCUGCGUGUGUAAAGAUGACAUAGCGCAAAGCCACUAGAAGUCACUGGAGAAACUCUAUUAAGAUGACAUAGCCCAAAGCCACUAGAAGUCACUGGAGAAACUCUAGUCACUCGGGGACUUUCACUCUCUUGCAGAUGGCUAACUCCAAGUCUCAGAAGAGCGUUCUGCUAUUAUGCGGGGAUUACAUGGAGGAUUAUGAGGCGAUGGUUCCUUUUCAAGCUUUGCUCGCCUAUGGAGUAGCUGUUGAUGCCGCCUGCCCUGGCAAGAAAGCCGGCGAGUUUUGCCGGACUGCAAUUCAUGAGUCUUCUGGUCAUCAGACAUAUUCCGAGUCACGUGGGCACAAUUUUGCUAUCAAUGCGACGUUUGAUGAAAUUGACUUUGGCAAAUACGAUGGGUUGGUGAUACCGGGAGGACGAGCUCCAGAAUAUCUUGCCAUGAAUGAAUCUGUGUUAGAUUGUGUCAGAAGGUUUUCCGAUGCUGCAAAGCCUAUUGCUUCUAUUUGCCAUGGACAGUUAAUUUUGGCAGCUGCAGGGUCGGUAAAAGGUAGAAAGUGCACUGCAUACCCUCCUGUUAGACCUGUACUAAUUGAUGCUGGUGCUCAUUGGGUUGAGCCUCAAACCAUGGCCGCUUGUGUUGCUGAUGGCAAUAUAAUUACUGGGGCUACAUAUGAGGGGCAUCCUGAGUUCAUUCGGCUUUUUGUGAAGGCAUUAGGAGGUGUCAUAACUGGUUCAGAUAAAAGGAUUCUGUUUCUCUGUGGGGAUUACAUGGAAGAUUAUGAGGUAACUGUUCCUUUUCAAUCUCUUCAAGCUCUUGGUUGCCAUGUUGAUGCAGUUUGUCCCGAGAAAAAGUCUGGGGAUUCCUGCCCAACUGCUGUCCAUGAUUUUGAAGGGGACCAGACUUAUAGUGAGAAGCCAGGCCAUCAUUUCACUUUAACUGCAUCCUAUGAAGGGUUAGAUGCCUCAAGUUAUGAUGCUCUUGUUAUCCCAGGAGGCCGGGCUCCAGAAUACUUGGCCCUAGAUGAGACGGUGAUUGCAUUGGUGAAAGAAUUCAUGGGAUCUAAGAAGCCUGUGGCAUCCAUUUGCCAUGGGCAGCAGAUCUUAGCUGCUGCUGGUGUUCUGAAGGGAAGAAAAUGUACUGCAUAUCCUACGGUGAAGCUUAAUGUUGUCUUGUCCGGGGCAACAUGGCUAGAACCUGAUCCGAUAGAUCGAUGCUACACUGAUGGAAAUUUGGUUACUGGAGCAGCAUGGCCAGGGCAUCCACAGUUCAUCUCUCAAUUGAUGGCAUUGCUAGGUAUCCGGGUCUCAUUCUAGUUGCUGUCACUAUGCUUGUAGAUUUCAUCGUAUGCCUUCUUAUAUCAGAUAGCGUGUUAAUAUAACUCAUGCUUUCUUGUAUCAAAUUGCAUGUUGAAUAUCCAGCAUAUCAACUCCUAAAGCAUGCGUGUGUCAAAAAUAAAAAAAUAAAAAAAAAUAAGUAUUUUGUAAAAAGUAAGAGCUUCUAAUGUAUUUUGGCUAUGCAUUUAUGGGUGCAAAACCGAGUUAUCGUUGUUAUUGUUGUAUUAUUUUGUUGAUCUUAAAGAAAUUUCAAUCAAUCAGUAUUAAGGGAGUGUAGGCUCCAAGGAACAA